AUGUAUACACCGCUAGCACUGCUUUUACUCCCACUUGGAGCUUUCUCAUUGCCGUUUGAUAAUUCUUCACAAACACUCGAGGAUUCUUUUGGGGGAAGAUGCGGCGGAGAUCCUUGUGAAGGCGUUCCUAGCACAGGAAACAGCGAUUCCCUGUGCAAUAACAAUUUGCUAGGACCCAAGGUCUUUACGGCGCCAGAUGACCCCGAGUGGUCUGAAAUGUUCAAGGGAUAUAGCCCUCUCGGGUCGUACUGUCCAAAGGACUUCCUCCAAGAAUUUGCACCUGGUGGCAAGCAGUACGUUUAUCCUGAGCAGGACGGCGCAUUGUUGGACUCGGUUGGCGUCCCCGUUACGACAGUAUACACCCUUGAGGAAGGAAUGGAGCUCGAUCGGUUCGGAACUCAGUAUGGAGGCUACUUAGCGCCAAGGGACACUCCAUUCUCCUGGAGAUCCAUUCCGCCAAGCAACUUGAACAAAUAUCCCAACAGUCCGGAGUAUAACUACUGGGUCUGGAGGGUCAUCGAAACCUUUAACGUCACGGGUGGGCCAAUCGCACCUUUCUUUGGGCAACCAGGCUAUGGUUUGCAGUUUUACCACGAAGGUGGCUUGAAAGAGUUGGAAGACCAGGGAAUCAUCGAGCUUAUUGAUAUGAAGAAGUACUCAUGCGACGCUCCGCAGGGAGACUCGAAAUAA